AUGCGCCGCAUAUUGUCUGAGCCAUCUCAGCCUGAAUUGUUAUACGAGUUGUCAUCUUUUGUGCAACACUAUGGAAAUGCAGUUGAUCAUGGUCAUUACGUUGCUCACAUCAAGGAUGAGAACACGGGGCAAUGGUGGAGAUUUAAUGACAAAAUUGUUACUAAAGAUUCACAGUCUUCACUUACGAAGACAUUUUCAUCUGAGGAUGUAUAUCUAAUGAUGUACCGUGUGAAGGAUACUAAUCAUAUUGAAAGAGAUGACAAUAUUUGUGUUCCUUCGCAUUAUUUUGAAGAGAUUCAAACUUCAAAUGCGACAUAUCAAAAGAAGUACAAUCAGAGGAAAGAGAAAGAAUCGAGUCUCAUCAAUGAAAGGACGGAAGAAGUACGAUCUGUUUUAUCUGAAGCAUCUGUUCAAUCACUUAGUCAACCAUUUUUUUGGAUCUCUUGUGACUGGCUUCGCCAAUGGGCUAAAAAUGUUACUCCAAGUGCUAUUGACAACACAGCUAUCACUUGUUCUCAUGGUAAAGUCCUAGUGUCAAAGGUUACCUCAAUGAAGCGUCUGUCUUCUAAAGCCUGGGAAACAUUACUCGAAAAGUAUGGUGGGGGGCCAAAACUUUCUCAUGAAGACUGCUGUUUGGACUGUCUGAAGGAAGGGGCUCAGAAUGUCAUGUCAGCUGACACUUACCGGGAUCGAAGAGAAUCAUUUAAGCAACUUGCAUGGGAUAUUCUUGAUGGAAAAAAUGAAGAUGGAAAGUACUAUGUGUCUAGAUCAUGGUUGCUUCAAUGGUCUAUAGGAGAAAUUCCCGAUGCUCCAUCUGAAGCUAAUUCUAAUCCUACCUCUGAUAUUACUUGUUCACAUCGACAACUUUUGCCUGAGCACGCAACUGUUCCUAAGCGGGUGCUUGUUCCUAAGGAUUUUUGGCACUCCAUAUACAAAGAUGCCAAUUCUGUGAAAAACGAUGUGGUCACUUUUCCUUCAGACUCCAAAGAAUGCUUAGUAUGCUGUAGAAAUUUUUUUGAUAUGUUUCAGAAGAAGCUGUCAAUGAGUCUGUUCAUGUGGAAAUGUGUGAAGCUUAAUCUAAAUUCCAGUUAUUUCUUAGUUCCUACAUCUUGGAUUUCGAAAUGGAGAAAUUACAUCAACCCUGAUGUCAAGAAUUCUGAUACACCUGAAACAUUAAAUGUGGCGAUUAAUUCACUGCUCUGUGAAAAGCACGCACGACUUAUUGAAAGGCCUCCUGAACUGAUUCUCAGCUUUGGUGUUUUAACUCUAAGAGAGUCUUCUGCAUGUGGUUUAACACUUAUAACUGAGGAAGACUGGAAAUGUUUCUGCAAAGAAUGGGAUACUGAAAUCCAAGGAGUAUCUGCAGAGUUUGAGAAUAUGGAUAACAUGAAUAAUGAAUUUGGGAAUUGUCAAGUUUUGAUCAAGACUUGUCCUGAGGUUUGUGAAAGUUGCAUUGGAGAAAAGGAAAGCCAUAAAUUCCACUAUUGCAAUGAGGAUAUAUGUGUAAUUUUUGUCCGUGGAAAGGGUCGAAGGGAACACUCUAGUAAGGCUGAAUUUAACAGUUCUACUAAUCUAGAAGUGUCUGCUUCAACAUCAUUAUACACCCUAAAAAUGUUGAUAUGGGACUACUUUGGGGUUGUCAAAGAAAACCAGAUACUAGAAAAGGGUGGUAUAACAAUUGAUAACAGUGAUGAAUAUACUACACUUGUGGACCUUAACAUAUUUGCUGGAGAUCAGAUUAUUGUGCGGGACUCCGAUGAUGAGCUGGUUAAUGAGAAAAAGGAUACGCAGUAUACCGAGGAAGGGUAUCGUGGAACACUUUUGACUUCAAAUGUUUCAUCUCAGGGUCGUACCUCAAUGCAGAAACCCCCUAACCAUUUUAAUGUACAAGACCUUUCUCCUCGCGAGGUAUUAGAAAGCAUUGAUCAAUUCUUCGUUGAAGGCCACAUAUCUCAAUAUCCUGAAUUUGCGGUCCCUUCUCUCACUGAUCACAUAUACUUGAAAGAGGUUGGACAUAUCGUCCUACUUAAGCGUUUUAUGAUUUCACCCUCAAGCAGGGGGACAAAGUCACUGAUACAUUGGAUGCUUCAUAAGAUUCGAAGCAACUUAAGGGCAAAUCGGUCUACAACAUUGAGAGCUCUGUAUUAUAUGAAUACUUUUUUCACAUCAGAAAGUCAGUCAACUACUAUUGUGGAUUACAUUGCUGCUAUGUUAGAAUGCACCAGAACAAGCUUAAACAUUUAUGCAGUUCCAACCGGAUAUGUGAUUGGAGAUUUAACUUUUGUGUACAAAAAUGAAAUUGUCGACUGCAGAAGAGUUGAGAAACCAAUACCAACUGGUGUGAUCACUGAUCUGAGGACGGAAGCUGAUUAUAUUCUUUUGGUUGAAAAGGAUUGUAUACUAGCUAGACUAUCUGAUGAUGAUUUCCACAUUUCUCAUAAGUGCAUCAUUAUUAGUUCUCAUGGUCGGCCGAGUAUGGCAGUAAGGGGUCUAGUAAGAAGCUUGAAGUUACGAUUUCAACUACCUAUUUUCGCGCUAAUGGAUUUUGAUCCUGCCGGGAUAGAUAUCAUGGUCAGUUUUGAGUACGGUUCCAAAAAUAGUGCACUCUAUAAUUCAAACUUGAUCACCAAGGGUAUAAAGUGGCUUGGAGUCAAACAAGGUGAUAUACAAUUAUUGCCGGAUGGAUGCAUGUUAGAGAUGACCGAAAAAAAUCUUAAAGCUGCUAAGGAAAUGCUUCGACAGCCUCAGAUUCGAGAGAAUUCUGAGUGGGUGAAAAGUUUGAUGUGGAUGAUAAAAAAUAAAAAGAAGACAAGGAUAGAUGCACUUACUGCAGAUAAUAUUUCCUAUUUGGCGAAUACUUACCUACCUUCGAGGAUUAGUGAGAUGAUGAAUGAGUUUGGCGAAUAGAGAUUUAGUGAUUGGAUUGAAAGUAGGGGUGCUCGCGGUUCGGUUUGCAUCUAUCCUUGUCUUCUUUUUAUUUUUUAUCAUCCACAUCAAACUUUUCACCCACUCAGAAUUCUCUCGAAUCUGAGGCUGUCGAAGCAUUUCCUUAGCAGCUUUAAGAUUUUUUUCGGUCAUAUCUAACAUGCAUCCAUCCGGCAAUAAUUGUAUAUCACCUUGUUUGACUCCAAGCCACUUUAUACCCUUGGUGAUCAAGUUUGAAUUAUAGAAUGCACUAUUUUUGGAACCGUACUCAAAACUGACCAUGAUAUCUAUCCCGGCAGGAUCAAAAUCCACUAGCGCGAAAAUAGGUAGUUGAAAUCGUAACUUCAAGCUUCUUACUAGACCCCUUACUGCCAUACUCGGCCGACCAUGAGAACUAAUAAUGAUGCACUUAUGAGAAAUGUGGAAAUCAUCAUCAGAUAGUCUAGCUAGUAUACAAUCCUUUUCAACCAAAAGAAUAUAAUCAGCUUCCGUCCUCAGAUCAGUGAUCACACCAGUUGGUAUUGGUUUCUCAACUCUUCUGCAGUCGACAAUUUCAUUUUUGUACACAAAAGUUAAAUCUCCAAUCACAUAUCCGGUUGGAGCUGCAUAAAUGUUUAAGCUUGUUCUGGUGCAUUCUAACAUAGCAGCAAUGUAAUCCACAAUAGUAGUUGACUGACUUUCUGAUGUGAAAAAAGUAUUCAUAUAAUACAGAGCUCUCAAUGUUGUAGACCGAUUUGCCCUUAAGUUGCUUCGAAUCUUAUGAAGCAUCCAAUGUAUACUUUGUCCCCCUGCUUGAGGGUGAAAUCAUAAAACGCUUAAGUAGGACGAUAUGUCCAACCUCUUUCAAGUAUAUGUGAUCAGUGAGAGAAGGGACCGCAAAUUCAGGAUAAGAGAAAAACACAAACUUUUACAUUUCCAAGAAAAGUUCACUCUCUCUCUCUUACCUUUUCCAUAAUCAAUAACCAAUCAAAAUUGUUUAUACCUUUUCAAGUAACCUUUUUACUAAAAAGCUUACAUUCAAUUAUUAUAUUUUACUUUUUCUUAA